AUGACUGCUAUCUUCCCCCUCACUGAGUGGACGAAAACCAACCUCUCUGCCAUCUACAGUGCCACCACUCAAGACGACUUCACCAGCGCGUUCAACCAGUUUAUUGCCGACGAUGCUCAUAUCACGGUGAAUGGCAAGCAUAUAACGCGCGAGAAGUAUCAGCAACUUCUCGAGGGCCAGAAGGCGUUGCAGAAAUCUGCGAGUGUAACUUACGCCGGUGCUGUUGGUGUUCCAAAGGAGAAGGAUAACUCACUCGGCUUGGCUGGCAAUGUCGGUGUCUUCUACACAGCGACCAUCAUUGAGACCGUCGACAUCUUGGGUGUGCCUGCCACGCGAGUUGUUACUUCGUCUUUGAACUUAACUACCGUUCAGGUCGGGACGACCAACAAUCGCGUGGCCUCUGUCCUGAACCAAGUCGUGUCGACAGAGGAAGGGCCCGUCGAUCCGCGCAUCCCCGCGGCGAAGUAA